AUGGAAAACGAAACAGUACCAUCCUAUUUUUAUUUCACAUUAUUUAAGGGCUAUGACAAUGUGAGAUUUGUUUAUUUCGUGUUAAUAUUAAUAACAUAUCUUGCCAUCCUGCUGUUCAAUGGAAGUAUCCUGUUGGCCGUGAUGAGGGACAGGACUCUUCACGAGCCCAUGUACCUGCUGCUGUCUUGUCUUCUGUUCAACUCUCUGUACGGCAGCUCUGCCUUUUUCCCAAGACUUUCUGCCGACCUCCUGUCAAAAACCCACUCCAUAUCCCGUGCUGCCUGUUUCACGCAGAUAUUUGUCAUUUACACGUAUGCGAUUUCUGAGUACACUGUACUGACUGUGAUGGCGUAUGAUAGAUACGUGGCCAUAUGUGAUCCUUUGCAGUACCAUAGCAUCAUGACUCAGAGGAGACUCUCUCUCCUGGUGCUGUUUGCUUUUUCUUGGCCGUUUUUUUGUAUGAGUCUGGUGAUUUAUUUCUCUAUCAGGCUACCUCUGUGUGGCAAUCAAAUACCACGCGUGUACUGCUCCAAUUGGUCAGUAGUGAGGCUUUCCUGUGUGUCAACGGCCGCCAAUAAUGUUUUGGGGUAUUUUGUCACCGUGACGACGGUCUUUCUGCCCGCAGCUUUCAUACUGUUCACAUACAUGAGGAUCAUCAUAGUGUGCCGCAGGAGCACGCCAGAGUUUAGAGGGAAAGCCAUGCAAACAUGCUUACCUCACAUUGUCAAUUUUGUCACCUAUUCUGUAGCCUCCUUUUCUGACAUUGCCCUCAGUCGGUAUGACCCUGGAAAAGUUAUAAACGCCAUCGCUUUGAUCAUUUCUCUUGAGUUUAUUGUGAUUCCUCCACUGUUAAAUCCUCUCAUAUAUGGCUUCAACUUACCAGACAUCCGGAGGAAAAUUCUCAGUAUGCUGGUCUCAUGUAAAUUUGCCUUAAGUUCUUAG